AAGCACACUAUAAAUGUAACAGGCAUCGGAACAACAUGACUCCUGAAAACGAAAAACGAAAAUUAAAAAACACCGUGCGGACGGAGAGUGUUUGUGUCAGCGUGAAGCCCAAUGUUAAGUUAAAACAUUGAUUGUUUGCGACCAAACGACAUUAGCCGCAUUCUAAUUAAAUACGCCACGCCGGACCGAAGCGUGUAUGCAUGGGAAUGUGUUCGUGAAAAAUCAAUUGUGCGUGCGUGUGCGAGUGAGUAAGAAAACGCGAUUUGUGACGCUGCUUGCGAAAAAAAGAAAAAAAAACUUUGAACGCUGCAGCAGCAGAGCAGAGGAAGGAGCAGGGGGAAUUGUACAGUUUUUGGGAGCAAAGCAAACAAAUCAAUUAGAAAAUGAAGAGCGCAUGAGUUGAAUUGCAAGUUGCAAAACCUUGCGCGAGAGACUUGCAAGUCGCGUGUCGCCUCACAAAAGCUGAUUGCUUGCUGGGAGGGGGAUAAAGGCAGCACGCCGCCGACGACGCUGCCGCAAAACGCAACCAUUGCCAAAGAUUAGUUACAUAGAAGAGUAGUGGAGAAGCGAGAGGAUACCCAUCGAUCCCUUACAGAUCGGAACACACACAAAUUGUAUCACAAAUCUCCUCCAUUUGUAUAAUGACAUCUCGACUCGAUCGACUGUUCAUCCUACUCGAGUCGGGGUCCACAGCUGCCACACGUCAAGCGGCCGCCAAGCAGAUUGGCGAAGUGCAAAAACUCUAUCCCCAGGAGCUGCAUGUGCUGCUCAAUCGAUUGGUGGGCUACCUGCACAGCCCCUCAUGGGAGACGCGCAUUGCGGCGGCACAGACCGUGGAGGCCAUACUCAAGCAAGUGCCCGCAUGGCAGCCAGAAGAGCAAUUGGGCGGAGGAGCAGUCACAGCAGCAGGAAUCAUAGUAAAGAAGGAGCGAACCUCCAGCGAUGCAGCAGCCGAAGAGGAUAGUUGCCAGUCGAGCGGAUCCUCGACAACGGGCGGCAGCGAGCGGAUGCUGAGCUUCGAUGAGUUUGAUCUGCAGCAGAUCCUCCACAAGGGCGCACGUCUGAUUGGCUCCGAGGGCAAUGAAUUCGAUGUGCAGGAGGAGCAGCCAGCGAGUGGCGGUGGGGCGGAGGAGGAGCAGCAGCGGAGCGUGGCCAAUCGCCUGAGUCGACAGCGAGCGCUGCUCAACGAUAAACUCGGACUAACAGCAGCCGCCAAGAUGGGUGUUAAUCUCACGGACAUGAUCACCGACGAGGAUGUGGCACUGGCGCGGAGUGGCAGCAACUACAAUGUGAAUGCCGAGAAGCUGCCCGUGGAGCAUAUAUUGAACAUAAAGCCACAGGCGGCAGCCAAUGGGAAGGCUUUGAGCUGCAGGGAAAUGAAUCGAGCGAAGCGUAAGGCACGACAAGGGACGACGACGACGUCUGUUGCUGUUGUUGCCUCUUCCGGGACGCCCACCUGCAGUCGCCGCAACUCGAGCAGCAAUCACAGCACUAGCAGCAACAGUAAUGGAAAUGGCAAUGGCAAUGGGAAUGGUGCGGUUUCCACCGCAGUGGUGACAACCAACGCGGCGGCAGUGCCAGCCGCCGCAGGGGAUGAGCCAGAGAAAAAGAAACUAAAGUCGAGCGUUGGUCAGGAGAUAUUUUACAGCUUAAAUGCUGCCGUACCGGAUGCCACUGGCACUUGGGUCGAUGCCAUGUCGUGGCCCUUGGAGAACUUUUGUUCGCGCCUCUUCAUCGAUCUCUUUCAUGCCAAAUGGGAGGUACGCCAUGGCGCCGCCACAGCACUGCGCGAACUGAUCAAUCAACAUGCCCAGGGUGCUGGGAAGUCGCUCACUCAAACGCGAGAACAAAUGCAGGAGGCGCACAAUCGCUGGCUGGAGGAUGCAGCACUACGUCUGCUCUGUGUGCUGUCCCUGGAUCGUUUCGGGGACUUUGUCUCCGAUCAGGUAGUGGCGCCCGUGCGCGAGACAUGCGCCCAAGUGCUUGGCACGCUCGUCAAGGAGAUUGAUGCCUCGAAGGUGCAGCGGAUUGUGGACAUACUGCUGCAGUUGAUUCAGCACAAGAACGAGUGGGAGGUGCGUCACGGCGGAUUGCUCGGCCUGAAGUAUGUGUUUGUGGUUCGGGAGGAGCUGCUGCCCAUUUACAUUCCCCAAUCGAUAUCCAACAUAUUGAUCGGCCUGCUGGACGCCGUCGAUGAUGUUGGGGCAGUGGCUGCGGCCACUCUGAUUCCCGUUUCCGCCUGCCUGCCGAAACUGCUGCAACCCGCGCAGGUCUCUUCGAUUGUGAAGAUGCUGUGGGAUCUGUUGCUCGAUCAGGAUGAGCUGACGUCCGCCUGCAAUAGUUUUAUGGGUCUCCUGGCGGCCAUUCUAUGCCUGCCGCAGGCUGCCAGCUGGAUAGAAAUGGAACCGAUGGCUAUGCUGGUGCCACGCCUGUGGCCAUUUCUCUCCCACAGCACCAGCUCGGUGCGCAGAUCCACCCUCAAGACGCUCCUCACUCUGACCAGUGCGGAUAAGCAGCUGAAGAUUAAGGAGCAGGAUCAACCCAAAGUGAAGCUCAACUUUGGGGUCAAGGAUUGGAAAUCGGAGCUGCUAAGGCAGGCACUCAGGCACAUCUAUCAGCGAAUACUAGUGGAGCCGCAAGCGGAUAUACAGGGACUGGCGCGUCAGGUGUGGUCCAAUCUCAUCGAGCAUGCGGAUCUGGGGGCACUGCUGAUUGCCGCCUGUCCGUAUGUCUCCUCCUGGAUCUGCCUGUCGAUGCAACCGCCUAAAUUGGCCUUUGAUCCGGGAGUACUUAUCAGAGCAGGCAGCGGCGGUGGAGAUUCAGGGACGGGAAUCGCCUCUCGCAGGCGUUCUGCACGAAUUGGCGAUGACUUGGGCGGUGGCAUUCUGGCGCAUGCGAAUGCCCAGCAGAAGCUAUAUUUGGGCGGCAGCGAGGCCACGCCUUUGGACCUCAGAGAGGCGAACUUUAUGCGUGCCAGGAUCUCCUCGUCGCGGGCACUUGGGGCCCUCUCCCAUUACCUGGUGCAGCCAGCGCCCGGCGUGCUGUACACACCACAGAUGGAGAGUCCCACGGAGCUGUACACCAAAGUGCUGCUGGGUCAUCUGAAUGCCCAUUCGGCCGUGCAGCGCAUUGUCUGCGGAUUGAUUAUUGCCUUUUGGGCGCUGGACGAUGAACCCGUGCGUCCGGGGCCACCGAAUCUGCAGGAGAAACUGCAUCAAUGUGUGAGCGAAUAUGUGUACUACGAUGAGGUGGCCACCUCGCUGACGCGACUGCUCCAGGAGGCGCAGGACUUUAUCGCUACGCUGAAGCAGAACAAGAUUCCCAUCAAUGACUUUAACAAUGCCAAGAUUCUGACUCUCGAUCAGAUCGAGGCGGUGGCCACCACACUGAGCGACAAUCUGCGUAGUCUGGCUCUAAAGCCGAAGCUCCUGGACAUGCUCGAGGAGCGGCGACGCAGCCUGCAGGCCUCGUAUCUACAGACGACCAGUGAGCAGGGCGCCUACCAUGUGAGCGCACAGGCAGCGCUCGCGGGUGCCAUCUGCGCCCUCCACUGCCUGCCCGAGAAGCUGAAUCCAGUGGUGAAGCCACUGAUGGAGUCCAUUAAGCGGGAACAGUGCGUCCAGCUGCAGCAGCUCUCCGCAGAGUUCCUGGUCCAUCUGAUGGAUCAGGUUUGUGAUAGAAAUCCUAGUCCAAACAGCAAGAUUCUCAAGAAUCUGUGCACACUUCUACGCAGCGAUGCAGAGCACACGCCGAUGCUGGUGAUGCCACACCAAACCCUCAAGCAGCUGCAGGGACAGCCACAGAUCGCUUCAAGUGCCAGCAGCUGCCUCUACUACGGCAUACUGACGCUCACCCUCCAACAGGCCACCACCAGCAGCAGCAGCAGUACUCGUGGCACUCCCACCACUGGAACAGCAUCUAGUGGAACUUCCCGUGGUCCAGGACGACCGCCAGCGAGCGAGAUCCUGGCUGCCGCUGCAGCAGCCUCGGCGCAUGUGGAGCUGAAAGUGCAGCAGGCCAAGGAGGCGGAAGCCAAGCAGUGCCGGAUUCAGCGACUGGGAGCCGCCUGCACCAUUGCCAAGCUGUGCAGCACCUUUGGGGCGCACAUACUCGAUAAGGUGACCAUCUUCCAGGAGCUAAUGUUCGGCAAGGUCGCGCAGUUUGUCCAAGAAACGGACGAACUGCGGCUGGCCAACACGCUGCCAGAGCUGCAGGCAUGCACCGAGCUGAUUGGCUCCCUGCAACUGAUCGAGACAGCGGCCCCGCAUCUGCACGAGGCACUGCAUCCGCAGAUGUAUGCGCUGCUGCCGCCACUCGGAUGCAUUGUGCGGCAUCCGCUGAAGGCGGUGCGACACAUGGCCGCUCGCUGCAUUGCUGUGCUGGCGGAGAUCGAUGCCUGCCAGACGAUGCAGUUUGUGGUGCAGGAACUGCUGCCGAUGCUGGGCAGGAUUGAGCAGCUCAUCGAGCGCCAAGGCGCGGUGGAGGCCAUUGAGCGUGUGGUCAGUCGUCUGCAGAUAAAGGUGGUGCCAUACAUAGUCCUGCUAGUAGUGCCGCUGCUCGGUGCCAUGAGCGAUCCGAACGAGGCCGUGCGCCUGCUCUCCACCCACUGCUUUGCCAAUCUGGUGCAGCUGAUGCCCCUGGAUGGCGGCUGCAAGACGGAGCAGCUGAAGAGCGAGCCGCUGCAAGCGCGAAGAACGCGCGAUCGGGAGUUCCUCGACUACCUGUUCAAUCCCAAGUCCAUUCCGAACUACCAGGUGCCGGUGCCGAUCAGCGUGGAGCUGCGCUGCUACCAGCAGGCGGGCAUCAAUUGGCUGUGGUUCCUCAACAAGUACAACCUCCAUGGCAUACUCUGCGACGACAUGGGCCUGGGCAAGACCCUCCAGACCAUCUGCAUCCUGGCCGGCGAUCAUCUGCAGCGUCAGGCGUCGACGCAAACCAAUCUGCCGAGUCUCGUCAUCUGCCCGCCGACCCUCACCGGCCACUGGGUGUACGAGGUGGAGAAGUUUCUCGGCCAGAGUUCCGUGUUGCGGCCCCUUCACUACUAUGGCUUUCCGCUCGGACGCGAGAAGCUGCGCAUUGAGAUUGGGACGACGUGCAACCUCGUGGUGGCCUCCUACGACACGGUGCGCAAGGACAUAGACUUUUUCCGUGGCAUCCACUUCAACUACUGCGUCCUGGACGAGGGGCACAUCAUCAAGAAUGGCAAGACCAAGAGCUCCAAGGCCAUCAAGCAGCUGCGGGCCAACCACAGGCUGAUCCUCUCGGGCACACCCAUCCAGAACAAUGUCCUGGAGCUGUGGUCACUCUUCGACUUCCUAAUGCCGGGUUUCCUGGGCACCGAGAAGCAGUUUAUCCAACGCUUCUCACGCCCCAUUCUCGCGUCGCGCGAUGCCAAGAGUUCACCCAAAGAGCAGGAGGCCGGUGUGCUGGCUAUGGAGGCAUUGCAUCGCCAAGUCUUGCCCUUCCUUCUGCGCCGUGUCAAGGAGGAUGUGCUGAAGGAUCUGCCGCCGAAAAUAACCCAGGAUCUGCUGUGUGAGCUGAGUCCCCUUCAGCUGCGUCUCUACGAGGACUUUAGCAACAAACACCUGAAGGGCUGCUUGGAUAAGUUUGGUGAAUCGACGGCAGUGGCGUCGACGGAGAAUCUCAGCAACAAGACGCACAUCUUCCAGGCACUGCGCUACCUGCAGAACGUGUGCAAUCACCCCAAGCUGGUGCUCCGCCAAUCCGAGGAGCUGUCGCACGUGGCCGCCCAGCUGGCGCUCUCCAACAGCUGCCUCGACGACAUUGAACACUCGGCCAAGCUGCCAGCCCUCAAGCAACUACUCCUCGACUGUGGCAUUGGUGUGCAAACGGAGUCGGUUAGCCAGCAUCGGGCGCUGAUCUUUUGCCAGCUGAAGGCCAUGUUGGACAUUGUGGAGCACGAUCUGCUGCGGCGGCAUCUGUCCAGCGUCACGUACUUGCGUCUGGAUGGCAGUGUGCCCGCCUCCCAGCGUCAGGAUAUAGUCAAUAACUUCAAUAGCGAUCCCAGCAUUGAUGUACUGCUCCUGACCACGCUGGUUGGCGGCCUGGGUCUCAAUUUAACUGGUGCCGACACCGUCAUCUUUGUGGAGCACGACUGGAAUCCCAUGAAGGAUCUGCAGGCCAUGGAUCGUGCCCACCGCAUCGGCCAGAAGAAGGUGGUCAAUGUGUAUCGCCUGAUCACCCGCAACUCGCUCGAGGAGAAGAUCAUGGGACUGCAAAAGUUCAAAAUUCUGACCGCCAAUACGGUGGUGAGUGCCGAGAAUGCCUCGCUCCAAACGAUGGGCACCUCGCAGAUCUUUGAUCUCUUCAACGGUGGCAAUGGCAAAUCCUCCGGCACAGAAACACAAUCUGCUGCUGCUGCUGGUGGCAUGUCCGUGAACACGUUCAUCGAGAACAUGCCGGAACUGUGGUCCGAGCACCAGUACGAGGAGGAGUACGAUUUGGGCAACUUUGUGCAGGCACUGAAAAAGUAAUCAAUCUUCCCCACAUUCACUUGCUCCCACAACCACUCGCUUCCCACACACUCUAAGACUUCCAGAGAAAAAGAGUUCUGUUUUAGGCUAAGGUUGGAAAAUGCAUUCGGAAAAACUGUUUCGGAAUGUUUUCUUGUUCCUUUUAUAAACUGCAAAACAAAAACAGGAAAUUUUUAGCAAUAAACUGAGAAAAAAUUUUGGAAAAUUUAAAA